CUUCCUCUUGCCGCUGCGCCUUAUACCGAAACGAUGGCCCUGCGUGUUUUUGGUUUAAAUUUAGUAAAAACUAACAGAAAUCUGCUGCAAAAUGCAUGCAAGGCAACGGCCAUGCCUGCAGGCCAUACGUUGGCGGCGGCAUCGUUUGCCACAGAAGUGACUGUCCACGGCUCACCGGCAGCUAUCCAAAAGCAAAAGGUCAGCAAAGCCAUGAAGGCCUAUCUGAAACGUGCCACCGAACACGACGAGUUCAUGAAAACGCAGCACCUGGAGUUCCAAAUCGGCAAGCGGCACUUGGCCAAUAUGAUGGGUGCCGACCCCGAGACCUUUACCCAGGAAGACAUCAAUGAGGCCAUAUCGUAUCUGUUUCCCUCGGGUUUGUACGAUCCAAAAGCAAGGCCCGCCAUGAAGACACCAGAGGAAGUUUUCCCCGCCCGCAAGGCAGCAGAGUUCGAUGAGACGGGCAGGCCAUUUCAUAGCAUGUUCUAUACGGGAAAGCCAAAUUUCUUUCAGCUUUUACAUGAAAUUGUGGAGGAAACCAACAAAUUGUACGAACUAGAGGAGCGCAUGCUGCGUCGUGGCAUCAAGCCCGAUGAAAACCAAAAGCUAGAAAUUGCUGGCUUUCAGGUGCUGCCUAAAGAUCAACUGGAGACGCAGCUGGUGGAGAGCAUUGCGGACAUUGAAUACACAAACUUUUCCAACUCAAUGGAUCGUUUGAUUGCCUCCCCUUACGCGUACAAGUGCAAGGCAUUUAUUGAGCGCUACCUGAAGCCACUGAUGGAUCAGUCCAGGCAGCUGGAGGUGCCAAAGCCAAAGAUCGAUGAGCAGGGACGUCAGUACAUCACCACCUAUGAGUGUCUGCGCAAGACGGCGCGUGCGGAUGUCACUGUGCGAAUGCCAGGCACUGGCAAGAUCAGCAUCAAUAGGCAGGAUAUCUCGUACUUUGAGGAUGAAAACAGCAGGGAACAGUUGCUCUUCCCGCUGAACUACAGUGAAUUGCUGGGCAAAGUCGAUGUGGAGGCCAAUGUGGAAGGCGGCGGUCCAUCCGGUCAGUCGGGCGCCAUACGCUGGGGCAUUGCCAUGUGUUUGCGCAGCUUCGUUGAUCAAGAGAUGAUUGAGUCAAUGCGUUUGGCCGGUCUGCUGACACGUGACUAUCGCCGGCGGGAGCGCAAGAAGUUCGGACAGGAAGGAGCACGCCGCAAGUACACGUGGAAGAAGCGCUAAGCGCGGCACAGCUCACUCUCACGUUGCAUUUCAGUUCAAAAAUGUUUAAUAAACAUCAAAAACUAUG